UUGUUUCCGAGCAAAUUGACGACUUACGGUAGUUAGUUCUCUCCGAAGGUCAACGAAAAUGCUGUCGAGACUAGCAUUAAAAUCAGGUUCUGUUGGGAGGCUUUGUGUAUUGCAGAGAUGCCUACCACAGAUCACCGCAAGACCAUCCAGUUCUGAUUCAAAGACACCAGCAGUUGGAGGUGAUAAACCCUUACCUGUCCUCCCUCAGCAUCAGGCAAUGAUAGAGGACAUGGUAAGAUGGACAAAAGCCAAUGAAGUAUUUUACGGAAAGGAUAGAGAUACAGUCAACUUUCCAAUAUUAAAAAUGUCGCCAGAGAAACCUAAAAUGAGAUUUUUAGUAAUACCUCAGGAGUGGUUUGAUGCCCUGUAUACAAGGACAGGAGUAACAGGUCCCUAUUUGCUAACAUAUGGACUUGCAGCUACAUUGGUCAGCAAAGAAAUAUUUAUAGUUGACCACGUGUUUGCUGAUUUGAUGAUGCUUACACCACCAGUUUUGUUGGCUACCUAUUUUUGGGGACCAAAAGUUGGUACUUGGUUCCAGAAGAGAAUUGAUAAAGAAAACCAUUUGAUCUAUGAAAAACCAAUAGCAGAUACAAAGACUAGCUGUACUAAACAAAUAGCCAAACUUGAGACUGCUAAAGAGGCAUUAGAUGCUACUAAGGAUUUUGUCCAUGCUCAGAAGGAGUAUGUUUUGCUCCAACUUGAGGCAUCUUACAGAGAAAGAUUAAACAAAGUCUACACAGAAGUAAAGAAAAGAUUGGACUUCAAGAUGGAAGUUCAGAAUGCACAACGUAGAUUUGAACAAGAACACAUGGUUAAUUGGAUUACAUCCAAUGUUGUUAAGAGUAUAACACCAAAAGAGGAGGAGAAGAGUAUUGCUGACUGUAUAGCCAACCUGAAGAAAUUAUCACAGGCACAAUCAGCAACAGCUUAAUAUGAACUUAGUGUGGACUUGAUUUGUUAUAAAAUAUUUAAAUAAAUUUGUGGAAUAAAUUAUACGUUAGGACAA